CUCCAGCUGGAUUUGUUUACAUGUCAGAAGACGCCAUCGCAGCACGCAAGAGGUCGGGGCACGUCCUCGCUUCUCGCCAUAUUUUGUGGGACUUUUCGCCUGAGAUUCUUCAAUUUGGUGGCUUUUAGAAAAUCAAUGACCCAAAGGAAAUAAGGCAAUUUGUAUAGAAAGAAAGAGAUUUAAAGUGAAAUCGGAUAUUGUAAGUAGGACUUCAUAAUCAAAUGUGAAAAAUACUAUUUAAGAAAAUCUCUACCCAUUAUACAUUAACCUAUCAGGAUUGUAGCCAUCAACUUCACGCGGUUUUACGACCCUUUCCAAAUUCAGUGCAAUGGGAAUGUUCGACAGGCUAGCAUUUUUUCUUGGCCUUAAGAAACGUGAAGCUAGUGUAUUGGUCAUUGGGCUGGAUAACUCGGGCAAAUCAACCAUGCUGAACCAUUUCAAAACGGAAGAUCAGAAGACAACAGAUAUCGUCCCAACUGUCGGGUUCAACGUGGAAAAGUUCAAGACAAAAAAUGUGGGUUUCACAGCAUUUGAUAUGUCAGGUCAAGGACGCUAUAGGAGUCUUUGGGAACAUUACUACCACGACUGUCAAGGUGUCAUAUUUGUGGUGGAUUCAAGCGACAAGCUGCGGCUGGUUGUCGCCAAGGAUGAGCUCGACAUGUUGCUUCAGCAUGCUGAGAUCCGCCACCGUAGGAUACCAAUACUAUUCUUUGCCAACAAGAUGGACAUGCGAGAUGCUGUGAGUAGUGUGAAAGUCUCGGCAGCCUUGGGUCUAGAGCGCAUCUCUGACAAGCCAUGGCACAUUACCGCUUCAAAUGCCAUUACUGGAGAAGGCCUUCAUGAGGGUGUUGAAUGGCUGACAAAUCAAAUCAAGGAGAACUUUGGAAAUAAUAUGAACCGUUAGGCAAAGCAUGAGUUUUAUUACUUUUUUUUUUCAUGGAAUUUUAACAUUUGCAUUGACCUGAAAAUGGUCUGUGAACAACAAAGUGAAUAAAAAGAUAGAGAUGUUAAAACUGUAAUGAACAUAAUGAUGCUUUAAGAGGAAUUUUUUGUCAUGAGAAGUUUUUUUCUCUUUUUAGAUUAUGUUAUUGAUUAAUUUAUUGGAUUAAUUCUCUAGUUCAAGUUAAUUCAAGUUAAAACCAGCUUUAUAGGAUAUCUCAUUGCUUUGCUUGAGGUAAAUGAAAACCAGUUCUGUGGAAUUUACUAAAUGUCUUUAUUAAGGUAAAAAAAAAUUACUUGCGCUUUGGACAUUUCAUAGACUGCAUUCCUGCUAACGCUAAUUUCAAUAAGCGUAAUGUCCUAGGAGGAGGUAAACGUCGGAACUAGACUCUUCAAAACUAGUCAGUGCUGUGAUAAGAAAAAUUUGAGUGCUCUUAUACAUCUAGUCAGCAAUUGAAAUAGAGAUAUAGCAACAGAGCAGUAAUAUAUAGAUUUAUACAUUUCAUUCUUAUUCAGUUAUGCUCAACUGAACAAUUAUUUACAGUUCUCUACGGUCUAAACAGAUAAGGUCCUCAGCUAUGUUGCAUAUUUGAGUUGAUCGUAUGAAUUUUGUAACGUGAUAGGUCUUUAUUAUACUAUUGCUCAUAGUACAUGCCUUUAAGCAGAAGCUUGUAUUUAUUGCACAAAUUUAUUAAUGAUUUUUUUCUUUUUUCAUAGUAUGUUCCUUCCAGUACUUUUAAUCCAAGGAAAAUUGGUACUGAGAGGAAAAUAUUUAUGUCAGUCCCUUACAAUGUUAUUGAUAAUUUUAUUCUUUGUCCUUGUUACCAAACAAAAAUUGGUUUUAUAAGGAUAGACAUUCUUCACCCUUCUUUUUUUUAUCAUGAUAUAUGCACCAUUGUGUAUGUUUCAAAUUUUUGUAUGGAUAUUCGUACAGAAAUGACCAUUCCUUUUUUUUCUUUCUUUCUUUCUUUCUUUCUUUUCUUUUCUUUUCAUGGCACAAAAUUCAUACAUUAGAAUCUCUGUUGAUACAAAAGACAAGCACACAUUCCUUAGAAUUAUAAUGUUGUAUGCAAAGCCACUUUACACACGGACUUGCAAUAGGUCCACAUUGCAACAGUAUUGAAUGUAUUGAUGUUCUAGUCACUUUUUUUUUUUUCUUUGUGUCCCUUGUGUAAAGAUAUCAAUUGCAAAAGGUUAUAGUUCUUUUGUAUUAUUUAUUUUUUUGUUUGAUGAGACUUUUUUAGUGGUUACACUAAAAGGAAGUUCUGCUUUGGUUUUGCUGGAAGAAACUUUACAGGGAAAGAAGGAAGAUGAGAAAUAAGUUGCAGAUAACAUGUAUCUGUAAAAGGAUUAAGUUGAAUAGAAAGACAGACAUUUAAUGGUUAAAAAAAGAAACAAGAUACAUGCAUUGCAAUUAUUUCUUUUCCAAGUUGCCAAAGUGCAGAUUAAGUAACAAUGAGAAAUACAAAAUAAACAUUAUUUAAAAGAAUAACUCUAGAAAUACAGGUGUAUCACACAUUAGGAUGCUCUUACCAUUAUGUUGUCAUUGUACCUGUAAUCUUGUCAAUUGAUAUUUAAACUGAUUGUUUUAUUCAUAAGUAACAUACAGUGGUAUGCUGUACAAUUUAUAGAAAAAAAUAGCCAUUUUUGCUCCUCUAACAGAGAGAAUAUAUUUCUUUUAAUGUUUGCAAAAUAAUUUAAUAAAUUCAUUUCAGGAUGGCAUGUCCACUGUGACUUUAGUCUGUUAAUAUUGUUUACACAUAGAUGGAUCAUAACAUUAUGAUAAUCAUAAUGUCAAUAAUAUUAUUAUUAUUAUUACCAUUAGAAAAAAACAUUUUUUCCUAAAAAAAAAAUCAAGGAAUGGAGAAAUCAAGUGAGGUCACAUGGAGCCUACUAAUUGAUUCCUUGGUGACUUGUAGAGUCAUCUAUGUUAGAAAAAAAAACAUUCACAAAACAAAACAACUGUGGACAAUACAUCUAACUAGCAAAAAUGGGUUAUUACUAGUUUGUUUAAGGUUUACAUGGUUUAUUAGAAUCCUUAUGAAUUCUGAAGCUUACAGGUACAUUGUAAAUGUUGUGUUUUAAAAAGUAACAGUAAAGGUACCUCAUGGUGUGGUCAUUGAUUUUGGUGUGCAUUUAUAGUAAAUGUUGUAAUUUAUUUUGCUUUCAUGUUCUUUGCCAUUUUAUGCAACCACACAUUCCUGACUGUCAUUUCACAGGAGGUAGACAGAUAUGAUGUAGUUGUUAUUUAACUGUUUAUCUUACCUUUCAGUGCUUUCUACUGGUGUAAUUGAAUCCGUCCAAACCCGUCCAUUAUACCAAUGAUAUGAAAGAAGUUUUAUUAUAAAGGUCUAUUUUUAUUUAGUAUUUUCAUGUAUUUUCAGCUUGCACAAUAAAAACUUCAGUAUAA